AUGUCACUCAAGGUAACUCCGUGUACUCUUCCUCGUUGUAAUAAUUCUAGAAAUCUAACCUCUCCUCAGCUUCAAUAUCGAAAAGGAGAAGAAGAGCACGGAUCAGGACCGAUAAUUCAUCGAUGGAGACCUCACGGACAUACCUUGGCAGUUGCAUGCGCAAACAACACUGUAAUUUACUACGAUAAGAAGGGAAAUAUCAUUGAUGCCUUGAGUCCAAAUGGGCGAAUCGUGGAUAUUGCUUGGGAUAAAGAAGGAGAUGUUCUGGCGAUAGCAGUAGCCAACACAGGGACCAUCUACCUUUGGGAUGUGAAUUCUAGAAACACUGAUACUCUGGAAAGUUGUGCAACUUCUUCAAAAGAACUUCCAACAUGUCUCGCCUGGUCUCCGACAAGUCCCCAUCUAGUGGUGGGAAAUAACGCAGGAAAUAUUGUCGUCUAUAAUCAUAGAACGUCUCGGAGGCUAGCAGUUAUGGGGAAACAUCAGAGAAGUGUAACUCAGAUUACAGUGACUCCGGAGGAUUAUAUAAUUUCCUGCAGUGACGAUAACUCUAUCACAGUCACAACCUUGGAAGGAACAACUGUGAGUACAGCGACGACAAACGGGGAGCCCACAAAGAUGGAUUACGGUUCCGUGAAUAGAAAAGGAGGAGGCGGACAGACGAUGGUGAGCGUUGUCAUUGGGAAACGGAUUCUGAUGCUUACAAAUGUGACUAACCUUGACGAGCCAGUCAAUCUUCAAUUCCAAGAAAAAUAUGGAGUUAUUCAUACGUAUAAGUGGUUCAAUGAUGGGUACAUUCUGAUUGGAUUCGACUGCGGAUACAUUAUUUCCAUAUCAGCUCAUCGAGUUGAAAUUGGCUCUGAGCUCGUCAGUUUUCUCGAGUAUCGAGGAUAUCUUGCUUCGCUUGCCGUGAGCACUUCAUUCAACAAGUUGCUGACAAUUGGAGACAAUAUGGUCAAAGUUCGCGAUUUGGAUGAGCUUACAACUGUUACAAUGCUAACGGAGAUUGAAACUGACAAAAACCUCAGUGAAAUUGAAGUCACAGAAGAUGGUCAAUUGGUUGCUGUGUCUUCUCAAUCCGGGGUUCUAUCAGUGUUCGUCACAAAGAUGCCAACGCUUGCUGCAUCUUACAACAAUGCGAUCUGUUAUCUUACGAAUCUGACCCAAGUCACCGUGGUUGCAGAAGUGGAAAAGAAAGGAUCUUCCACAUUGGAACUUGGCAUUGAGCCGACGGUCAUGGGAUUAGGACCAGUGAAUCUUGCAGUUGCUAAUAACAAUGCUGUAUUCUUUUACGAUUACACAAGUCCAGCUCAAAUGCAAGCUGCUCAGAAUCUUCAGUCCUCGCAGGUUGCUGUGGAAAAACGUAAAAAGAUGGGGGAAUUAUCUGAAACUAUUAAAAUUGUUUCAGCAUCAAUUAUGAAUGCCGAGCCAAUAAAUCGAGUAGAAUAUUUAUCAACAGUCAUAAACAUUCAGUUAAAUCACUACUAUGCUGCUGUUAAUUUCGGCGGAAAACUUCGCUUGCAUCAGAUUCGGAACUCUGAGGAUAGUCAAUCGAUAGAAUUUCCGGAGGCGAACAGAAAUGCGACACUCUACGCUUAUGCCCUAACAGAAAACUUUCUGAUAUUCACGACAAGUAAUAACUACAUCGUCUACUUCUCCCUAUCCGAAUGGGCUAUUGUGAGUGAAUAUCGACAUGUUGUUCCCGUUCGUUUCGUGUUUCCUCAUCCAACAAAUGUAGUUUGUUGCUGCUUUGAUGAUCGAUUGGAGGCAUUCAUUUAUUCAGCUGUAGACGAUGAAGUCUACAAACUACCAUCAGUUGGGUCCAGUGCCCACUACAAAGGUGCAAUGUGGGAAACUUUCACAAUUGACAAAAACACAUUUGCUGUAUUUGACUCUCAAAAUAUUCAUGUUUUCCUGCUGAGCAAGCAACAUAUCCGCGGUGAUUCUGUUAUCUAUGUCAGCGCAACUCGUCUUCCACACGCCUAUGUUCCAUUGUCUCUGAACAAAGGAAUCGUGACGUGUUUGGUGAGCAACGGAAAGUUGUCAUCCGUUCUUCUGGACUCUCAUAAAACGGAAUCUGUGAUUACUGAUAAAUCCGAUGAUGUGAUUGAAGGACUUCUAACAAGAUCUUUGUUGAUGCACAGAUGGACGACAGCUUGGAAAAUAUGCGUUCAUUCGGGCGAUAUGUCUCAUUGGAAUCAGUUUGCCAUGGCUGCACUUUUGGAUUCUGAUAUUUCUUUGGCUAUUCGAAUUUUCCGGGAAAUCGGAGAUGCGGCAAUGGUGAUGGCUCUGGAACAGAUUGAAGCGAUUGAGGAGAAGAAUCUGCUUCAUGCUCAGAUUUAUACAAUCUUGGGAAGAUAUGAUGAGGCGGAGCAAAUGUAUUUAGACUCGUCCAGACCCAUUGAAGCUCUGAAUAUGCGUCGUGACCUUCUGGAGUGGCCAAAAGCCUUGGUUCUAGCUGAAACGAUGGAUCCUAAAGAAAUACCAUUUCUGUCCAAAGAAUAUGCACAGGAGCUGGAAUUGACUGGAGACCAUGCAAAUGCUCUAGCGAACUAUGAAAAAGGGGUUGUGGAUAAUGCAAAUAACACUCCUGAACUUCAAGAACACAACGAGAUUUGUCAGUCUGGAAUUGCAAGAAUGGCUAUAAAAACAGGAGACUUGAGAAGAGGAGUUCAGUUGGCAAAACAAUUGGAAGGAAGAGUUGUCAAGAGAGAUUGUGCAAUUAUUUUGGAGCAAAUGAAGGUAAUCAGCAAUGAUAUUACCUCAUCACACUUUUUUUCGAAAUUUCAGCAAUUCACAGAAGCUGCUCAACUCUACGAAGUCGGUCUUUUCUACGAUCGUGCAGCUGCAGUCUGUCUGAAAGCAAACGCUUGGGCUAAAGUUGGAGAACUUUUGGAAAAAGUGAAAAGUCCAAAAAUACAUAUUCAAUAUGGAAAGAUCAUGGAGAAGGAGAAGAAAUAUAAAGUGGCUGUUCAAUGCUACGAAAGAGGACGGGACUAUGAUAAUCAAGUUCGUCUUCUUCUGGAUCCUUUAAAUGAACCGGAUGAAGCUGUUCGCGUUGUUAGAGAAAGUAGAAGUAUCGAAGGAGCGAAAUUAGUUGCAAAGUUUUUCGUAAAACUCGGAGAUCAUAAUUCUGCAAUCCAGUUUCUUGUAAUGUCUCAAUGUGUUCAAGAAGCAUUUGAACUUGCUGAGAAAAACAAUGCCCUUAAAGAAUACGCGAAUGCAAUUGAGAAACACGGAAAUCUGGGUCAAUCGCUGGAACUUGCUGAGUACUAUAACAAGUUGAAUGAUAUCUACAUGGCUGCAAAGUUCUAUACCCAAGCUGGACAUUAUUCUUCAGCAAUGAAUCUUCUUUUCAAAAAUGGAGAUGAUGAAGAGUGUGUUGCAUUGGCUGUUGACUGUGGAAUCAAAUCAAAGGAUGUUCAAUUGACGAACAAACUUAUUAAGUUUUUAUUGGGUGAAGACGGAAAUCCAAAAGAUCCUGCUGAAUUGUUCCGUUUGUAUGUGGGACUAGGAAAGACUCAAGAUGCUGCAAAAACGGCUGUUGUGGUUGCUCAGAUUCAUCAAUCCAAAGGAUCGUAUAGGAAGGCAAGAGACCUUCUUUUCCAAAUGCAUCAACAACUGAGAGCAAAAAUGAUGAGAAUUCCAUUGGAUAUGAAUAAGAGCAUGAUGAUGAUUCAUUCUUAUCUCAUUGUGAAACAAUUGAUGCCUCGAAAAGAAUACUUAUUGGCUGCUCGAUUGAUGGUUAGAACUUGUGGAGAGCUUCAGAGAUUUGCAUCUCACACCGCCCAGAUCCUGACCAGCGCUGUUAUGAUCUGUCUGCAAGCGAAUCUUAAAAAGUCUGCUCACAAAUAUGCCUCCCAAUUAAUGAGUGCAGAGCUCCGCCCCAAAAUUCAUGAGAAAUACAGAAAGAAAAUUGAGGAUCUUGUGAGAAAGGGAGGAAAUCAGAAAGACAUUCCAGAAGAAAGCUCUCCAUGUCCCGUAUGUGAUGCUCCAAUGCCAGAUUAUGCAAUGAGUUGUGAUAAUUGCAAAAGUCUUGUGCCAUAUUGCAUUCUGACGGGACGUCACAUUGUAACCGAAGACUUCUCGAGAUGUCCACACUGUGAAAUGCCGGGAUUUUAUUCCGAAUUUCGUAAACUUUCGAUUCUAAAUGAGAACUGUUAUAUGUGUGGUGGAGACUUGAAAGCAGCAAUUCCAGAGGACGCAAAGUCAUAUUUGGAGCGAAUGGAGAAAGAGUAUAAAUGA